AUGCUCAGUCUCCGUCAGAUACAAUGCAGGCUCUUUAAGGAGGACAACCUCCAUGUACAGAAGGAGAACCAGGCUUUCCUGGCCCUGAUCUAGUAAGUGAAAUUCAGGGAAGAAGAAAGAUAAACAUAUUCAAAUAAGAUUUUUGCCUAUAUCUACUUACCUGGAGGUCUUAGCCAUGACACGCUGAUGCUCAACAGUCAUUCUGGCCCUCUGGCUCAGAUGGAAAUGAUUUUGAGUCAGAGGAAGAAAGAACGUGCUUGAAGACUGCUUCUUUUCCAGAGGAAGGGGUCAUUAAUUGACUCUGUAAUGAUUUGAGGAGGCCAGAAAGAGGAAGUAAGAUUUAGUGAUGAAAGUUUUGCUUAUAUUUUUUAGCUUACACGUUUUGCUUACAUGUGGCUGAAACUGACAGAGAUGCCAUGUAAAGCAGCUGCUCCUGGUGCAACAUUAGCAGUUAAUGUCACUGGAGGAAUAACAGACCAGACCACUACCUCAAAGACAGCUCAGUGACGUAACAUAUAAAACAAUUCCUGGACUGAGGUGGUGCCUAUAGGUUUGGUCUUCCACAUCAUGGUGACCUGCAGAGGAGCAGUGUAUUCCCUUGGGGAUUGUGCUCAUGCAAGGAAAUAG